AUGGAAGUUUAUCAGCAGAUAGCCGAGAAGGAAAUUUUGUCGAAGCCCCGGUCCCUAAAGAACCAAACCAGGGGGAGCAAGAGCCUCUAUUGUGAUUAUCACAAGGGCUACGGACAUAAGAUGCAGGAUUGCUUCGACCUGAAGGACGCGUUAGAACAAGCGACCCAGAACGGGAAACUGGCCGAAUUCUCCCACCUCAUUAGGGAACCAAGGAGACGUAAUCGCGACCGCAAAGGAGAGGACAAGACCCGCGCGGUGAAGCGACGUCACGAGACGGAGGACAACGAACACGGCCUUACCAUAGUGAACGUGGUAACGGCAAGAGACGCCGCCCCUAGGUCGAAGUCGGCACACAAGAAAGACACCAAAGUCUUGGCGGUUUCCUCCUCCGCGCAAAGCUCUAGGAGGUUUCCACCCAUCUCGUUCGGUCUGGAAGACCAGUGGUUUGAUGAGGUCGCGGAAAGCCCCCCCAUGGUCAUCACGGCCAGAGUGGGAACCGGCCUCAUCAAGCGGAUCCUCGUAGACACCGAGGCCGACUCGAAUAUCAUGUUCCGCAAUGGGUUCGAUGCCUUGGGUCUACGGGAUGACGACCUAAAGACCCACCAGCACGGUGUUGUAGGCUUAGGCGACCACUUCAUCAAACCAGAUGGGAUAAUCUCCCUGCCGAUAUUUGUAGGACUUGGACAAGGGCGAAGAUCGGUAAUGGCUGAGUUCGUGGUUCUGCGAGACUCUACGGCCUACAACAUCAUCCUAGGGAGAAAGACCAUCAACGAUCUCGGGGCGGUGGUCAGUACGAAGAUGCUGGUAAUGAAGUUUAUCGCUGAUGAUGGAUUCGUGGGAUCCAUAAAAGGGACUUGGAAACGGUAG